AUGGAAGGGUUGCCUUUUAUUCCUGGAAACACUUUUAGGGAUCCAACGAAACAUAAUUUUCAUCGAAGACAAACUUUGGGUUAUCAGAAGGGCUACAGUAUCGCGAAGAGGCCAGAAGUUGGAAUAGGUGGAGAGAUUCUCCAUUAUAAUCAGCUGAAUGAGAAAGAUCUUGAUGAACUGGCAAACUUUCAACCAACUCUGACCUAUGGACAAGCAAAACCAGUUGUUGCAAAUGACUUUGUUCCUGCUCAUGUUGCUUUAGAUAAAAAGGUCCUCAGAUUUUACUGCUACUUCAAAGAAACAGUACAUGAAUCCCCACAUGAAUUUUACAGAGUAAGGCCAUGUCAAAUCUUUUAUUAUUUGGAAGAUGACAGCAUUACUGUGAUGGAACCUAAAGUGGAAAACAGUGGGAUGCCACAAGGAACAUUUCUCAGAAGACAGCAGCUUCCUAAAAAUGACCAAGGAGAUAAAUGGCAUUGGACAGACAUGAACAAUGGUAUAAAUGUCACUUUUUAUGGCCGUAGUUUCCACAUAUAUGACUGUGAUGCAUUUACCAAGGAAUUUCUGAAAAGUGAAGGGAUUGAGGUGAAUCCUCCUGAGGAUGUUCCACCUGACCCUUAUACAAAUCAGCGACAAAAAUGCUCAGGCCUAAAAUCCAUGACAACACCAUCGCAGUUUGAUAAAUUGAAGCAGUUUUUGGAAAUGGAUGGUAAAGUGCUACGCUUUUUCUGUAUUUGGGACGACCGAGCGAGUAUGUUUGGAGAACGGAAACAAUACAUUCUGCACUUUUACUUGUCUGAUGAUACACUGGAAGUACGAGAAGUUCAUACUCAAAAUGAUGGACAUGACCCUUUUCCAGUUUUGAUCAACCGGCAUAAAGUCCCCAAGAACCGUUAUGAUGUUCCGUCUACAUUUUCUGCAAUAACUCUAGAAUUGACAGAGAGAGAAGUUAAAGAUUAUAUCUGCCCAGCAGACCUUGGAAUUGGAAAGACUGUUCAUAUAUAUGGAAGAGAUUUUCUCAUUUAUGACUGUGACAAUUUCACCAAGGCUUAUUACAACCAACAUUUUGGAAUCACAGAUUUUACCCCUGUUAAUGUGAAAGAGGAAGAAAAAAAAUACACUCAAAAAAUGGAAAUUGCUCCAUACAAUGGUUUAGGUUCAAUUGAAGAUUCUUUAAUGUCUUGUGUCUCCUUACUGCCUCAACCCCCGAGAAAGGAUUAUGUUAAAAUGAUGGAAAAUGAUCACAAAAUUCUCCGUUUUGAAGCACGUCUGGAGAGUUUGCGAGAAGAGGACAAAAGCCGUCGUUUCAUAAUUUCCUAUCGUCUUUCUGAUGACAUGAUAAUGAUUUAUGAACCUCCUGUAAAAAACUCUGGUAUUAUUGGAGGCAAAUUCUUAGAGUGCGUUCGAGUGGCCAAACCUUGCAGCACUAUUGAAGCGCCUAAAUACUAUGGUCCCCAAGAUUUCUACAUUGGUGCCAAAAUCGAUGUCUUCAAGCACAGAUUCAUCAUCACGGGUGCUGACCAUUUUGUCCUCAAAUAUAUGGAGGCACAUAAAGAUCAAUUUCCAGAUUCUGUGAUUGAUUCCUUGAGAAACAAAGUGUUACCUGAACUGUCUGAACCACCAAAGGAAAUGGUGAAAGGAGGUAAUGUUCAUCUAAAAAGAUCGUAA